AUGCGGGCCUCUGCUGCAAUGAAGCUCGUGUCAGCGGGCUGCACAGCGAUACUGGCAAGCAUGCCAGCUCCCGCUGCCGCCGAGAAGCACAUUUUCGACUUGCGCACCGGGAACGACUUCGGGAGCGACGCUAAUUGCGGUGAGAUCGAACUACUGUGCAGCAGCGAGCCGCACCACUGGCCAAAAUAA